AUGCAGGAGGUGUGGCGGUCCGUGGAGCUGCCCGCGCCGCUCGAGACGAAUUCGCUGGUGCAGCAGAAUCUGAGCACGCGGACGGAGCUGGAGGCGUGGGUGGAGGCGCAGAAGACGCGUCUCUUGGAGGAGAAGCGCGCCGACCAACUGCGGGCGCAGGAGCACGCGCGGGCGACGGACGAGGCGCAGCGCAGGCGCGAGAUGCUGCAGAUCGAGCACCAGAGACUGUCAACGGAGUGCCACACGAAGGAGAAGGAGGUGACUGCGAGUCAAGUGGAGAUCGAGGCGCUGCAGGCCGAGAAGAGCAGGAGGGAGCCGGUGGUGAAACAUUUGCUGGCCAAGAUGGUGGAAGAAGACGCCAAGCUCAAGCAGCUACUGGCAGAGUCGCAAAAGCAGAGGACGACGCUGAAGCAGCAGCUACAUGAUCUUAAGCAGGGGCUCGCCAUGUAUCAGAAACUGGGACUCGUCUUUGAGCACUCGGAAGUGAAUCGCAUUGUCAUCCGGUUCACUCAGAUUGACGCACAGGACCCCAGUCGCGAGUUUUCGUUUCGCAUCACGAUCAACCCCAUCACGGAUCGAUACAUUGUCGAUAACUGCAACGAAGAAGUCGCGGCGCUGGACGAAUUGGUCACGAAUCUGAACGAGUCUGGUGACUUGGCGCGCUUUGUCCGCUCCAUGCGCCGACAGUUCAAGCAGCUCGUGUAG